AUGGAUGAUAAAGAUCAUAACAAAAUUUAUAAAUUCUUACAGGAAAAAAAUCAAGAAUUACUUUUUCAGAGCAUCACUUCGUGGCAAGUUUGGAGAAAUGAAGGAAUAGAAAAAAUAGGAAUACGUAAAUGUCAGAAAAGCAUUGAAGCAGAGAGUGGAGAUGAUGAAAUCAAUAUUUUCAAAUGUCAAAACCGAGAAAAAAUUGACGAAUCAUUGCUGGGGCCAGUGCUCAGAGUCGGUGCCCUUAAGGGCUCUUCAUGGAAAGAAAACUACCUCAAAACACCGUGUUAUUUUGUAUACCCAGACAGUAAACCUAAAUGGAUGACUAAUACCUCCAUGUUCCCAGUGUCAAAUGAUAAUAGAUUCGACUCCUCUGGCAAUAAUCUGUCCUUGUUUUUAGAAAUGUUGGAAAACAUAUUAAACCGCUACCAUAUUGCGAACUUUCUUGAUAUUAAAUUACUAAAUCUAAAAAGUAAUGAUUAUCUUCAAAAAGAUAAUAUCCGCCUUUAUGCAAUGAAUAUUGCACUAUGCGGUUUCAAUCAUAUAAUCAUUAUUGGAGAAACUUACUGUGGCUUACUUUUUCUGGAUUGCUAUGGACAUAUAUUCCAAUGGGACGCUAUGGCUGAUGCAUUGGUGUUUUAUGGAAAUAUUUUUGAAGGAGUGUUAGGAAAAUCUCAUGGAGUACUAUGGGGCGUAUCAGGAGAUGGAAGUGUUUGGAAGCUAUCUGAUUUGAAUUUGCCAGAAGAAUGCAAUUCUCAUCCUGUAAGUAACAAGAAAAAAAGUAAGAAAAAAGGCAAGAAUAAGAACCAAAAAAGCGUUACUAAUAAAUGA